AUGCAGCUGGACCUGCAGCAGCCAGCACCUGUUGACCUCGGCGAGCUGGGGGAAGCUGCGCAGUGCCGCCAGCUGGCGCAGCUCCAGGAGGCGCUGGCGAAGGGCGGCGCCAGCCGGCUGGAGCACUAUGUGCACAACGUGGUGGGCGCCCUCAACCUGGCGCCCGCCAUGUUUGGGCAGCGCGAGACCUACCUGGAUGCAGUACGGCGCCGGCAGGACCGCGAGGCGCUGGCGCAGCUGCGCACCGGCGCUGGCUGA